AUGGCAUUGAGCGCGAGAACGGCUUCGAGAGCCUUCAGAGCUGUCAGGCCUUCUGUGAUUAAGCCUCUGGUUUCCGUCCAGUCCUGCCCCUACUCCUCCUCGUCCGAGCCAGACCUUAAGGAAACCCUCAAGAAGGUCAUUCCAGCCAAGCGCGAGCUCCUGAAGAAGGUCAAGAGCCAUGCAGAUAAGAAGCUGGGCGAUGUCAAGGUGGAAAACACCCUCGGCGGCAUGAGAGGUCUCAAGGCCAUGGUCUGGGAAGGUUCCGUCCUCGACGCCAACGAAGGCAUCCGCUUCCACGGCCGCACAAUCAAAGACUGCCAAGCCGAGCUCCCCAAAGGCACCUCCGGCACCGAGAUGCUGCCCGAAGCCAUGUUCUGGCUGCUCCUGACGGGCGAGGUGCCCUCAACCUCGCAAGUGCGCCAGCUGUCCCGCGAGCUGGCCGAGAAAGCCAGCAUCCCGAAGUUCGUGGAGCAGAUGCUCGAUAACUUCCCCGCGGACCUGCACCCGAUGACGCAGUUCGCGUGCGCGGUGUCUGCGCUCAACUACGAGAGCCAGUUCGCGAAGAUGUACGAGAAGGGCAUGAGCAAGGCUGAUUACUGGGAGCCGACCUUCGACGACAGCAUUUCGCUGCUCGCGAAACUGCCCACCAUCGCCGCCAAGAUCUACCAGAACGCGUACCGGGGCGGUGGAGCCCUUCCCGGCGAGGUGGAUGUUAACCAGGACUGGUCGUACAACUUCGCAGCCAUGCUCGGCAAGGCGGGCAAGGAGAACGAAGGCUUCCAGGACCUGCUACGGCUGUAUCUGGCGCUGCAUGGCGACCACGAGGGCGGCAACGUCUCGGCACAUGCCACGCAUCUGGUCGGCAGCGCGCUGAGCGACCCGUUCCUCAGCUACAGCGCCGGUCUGCAGGGGCUCGCUGGGCCGCUACACGGGCUCGCCGCGCAGGAGGUGCUGCGCUUCAUUCUGCAGAUGCAGGAGUCGGUCGGCGAGGAGUUCUCCGAGCAGGGCGUCAAGGACUACCUGUGGAAGACGCUCAAAUCUGGUCGCGUGAUCCCUGGAUACGGCCACGCUGUGCUCAGGAAACCGGAUCCGAGGUUUGAGGCGCUGAUGGACUUUGCGGCUGCUAGGCCGGAAAUUGCCAAUGAUCCUGUUUUCAAGCUCGUCAAGACGAAUGCGGAUGUUGCGCCUGGUGUGCUGAAGGAGCAUGGAAAGACAAAGAAUCCGUACCCGAACGUCGACUCCUCCUCCGGUGUUCUCUUCCACUACUUCGGCUUCAAGGAGACGUUGUACUACACCGCGACCUUUGGUGUCAGCCGUGGUCUCGGUCCGUUGGCGCAAUUGAUCUGGGAUAGGGCACUGGGUCUGCCGAUUGAGCGGCCGAAGAGCAUCAACCUUGCGGGGAUACUGAAGCAGGUUGAGGGCCAGUAA